UAUCGACCUCCUGCACGCAGCAUCUCUGCUCCUCAUCAUUCGUCUCCACCCUCCUCCUCCUCAGCGCCCCGCUUCCUCUGCAGGUGGAUGGAGGCUGGUAGCCCCGGAGACACGCGCCAUGCAAGGGAUCCGCUGCUGUCAGACUGCUGAGCACCUCCCUUCGCGCCGGGGACCACAUCCUUAAAUGACCCACGGCUAAAGUCUGGGUGUCUCCGGAUCCAGCGCCCAGAUCAUGGCAUGCUGCCCACACCGGGCAUCCAGCACUGACCAUGGGGCUCCGGUCCAGGACCGUCGCUAGCGGCUCGGAGGAGCAGAAGAAGACUUCCAGCGCUCCUCCUGGGGACUUACUGGACCAAGGCAGCGGUGGAGCGGAUAAGGAUGGCACCCUGCUGCUGGUGGGUCCGGGCCGGGAGGACUUCAAGCGGGGCACUCAGGGAAUGGGCAUCGGGCUGCUGGCCAAGACCCCCCUGAACUACACCCGGCCCGUAAAGAGGAAUAACAUCCGCAAGAGGAGGAUCCAGAACCUGAUCUACGACGCGCUGGAGAGGCCGAGAGGAUGGGCGCUACUCUACCACGCGUUCGUGUUUUUAAUCGUUCUGGGCUGUUUGAUUCUGGCCAUACUGACCACAUUCAGGGAACACGAGAAGGUGUCUGCACACUGGCUGGUUAUACUGGAAACGUUUGCCAUCUUCAUCUUUGGAGCAGAGUUUGCACUGAGAAUCUGGGCAGCAGGUUGCUGCUGUCGCUACAAAGGAUGGAGGGGGAGGCUGAAGUUUGCUCGCAAACCGCUGUGCAUCCUUGACAUCUUCGUGCUGAUUGCCUCAGUGCCGGUGGUGGCAGUGCGUAACCAGGGUAACGUGUUGGCCACGUCCCUGCGCAGUCUGCGCUUCCUGCAGAUCCUGCGGAUGCUGCGCAUGGACCGGAGGGGAGGGACCUGGAAACUGCUGGGUUCUGCCAUAUAUGCACACAGUAAGGAGCUCAUCACAGCCUGGUACAUCGGCUUCCUGUCUCUGAUCCUGGCAUCUUUCCUGGUCUACCUGGUGGAGAAGGACGAUGUCUCUGUGAACAUGUCUGACCAUGAAAACCCCACUGCCCAGCCUAAACCGCAGGACUUCGACACCUACGCCGACGCACUGUGGUGGGGGCUGAUCACACUGACCACCAUCGGUUACGGAGACAAAACCCCAAAGACCUGGGCUGGGAGACUGUUAGCCGGCACCUUCGCACUGAUUGGCGUGUCCUUCUUCGCUUUACCUGCGGGUAUUCUGGGUUCGGGCUUGGCUCUGAAGGUCCAGGAGCAGCACAGACAGAAGCACUUUGAGAAGCGCAGACAUCCAGCGGCUGGUCUCAUCCAGUCUGCCUGGCGAUAUUAUUCCACCAAUCCGAUCAGAGAAGACCUUAUUGCCACAUGGAGAUUUUAUGAGACUGUCAUCUCUCUUCCCUGUUUCAGCCAGAAACUAAGUUUACUGGAACGUGUUCGCCUUCCCAAUGCAAGACCAUCUGUUGGGAUGGCCAAGAAGCUCGCAGGUAACGCUGACUCCAUUGAGGAGAGUCCCUCCAAGGAGCCCAAACCUGCUGGCUUCAGUAACCGGGAACGCUUCCGCACUGCCUUCCGCAUGAAGGCCUACACACUCCGCCAGAACUCUGAAGAUGCUGGAGCCCUAGCAGACCCAGCCUUAGAGGAGCGGGGCUUCCCCCCAGACAUCCUCAUGGAGGAGAUGAUCCCAACACUGAAACUGGUCAUCAGGGCAGUCAGGAUCAUGCAAUUCCUCCUGAACAAGAAGCGGUUUAAGGAAACUCUGAGGCCUUACGAUGUCAAAGAUGUGAUCGAGCAGUACUCUGCUGGACACCUGGACAUGCUCUGCAGAAUUAAAUACCUCCAGACAAGGAUCGACAUGAUUCUUGCCCCUGGACCCCCCCUCACCCCUAAAAACAAGAAGACUCAGAAAACACCCUUUACCUACCCACCCAAUCAGUCACCCAGGCAUGAGUCUUAUCUUGCCAAAGCCACAUCCAUCCCAGAUGCUGAAGACCAAAGCAUGAUGGGUAGAUUUGUCAGGGUGGAGCGACAGGUGGAGGACAUGGAGAAGAAGUUGGACUUCCUGGUGGACAUGCACAUCCAGCACACUGAGCACCUUCAGGUGGACUCUGCCGGUGCUGCACACAUGACCCUGGAGACCUGUGAUCCUAUGGCGAAUGGUGAGAUCAGGCGGGUUUUCCUUAACUACUCUGAGGCGUUUCCACACAUGGGGUACCAGGUACCGGUCAGCAAGGCGAAUCUGGACUAUGGCAGAAGACGUGUAGACAGAGACGGGUUGGCAGGAGGAGACAUCUUACCUCCAGGUCACCAACGUCGACCUCCAUCAGCCAUCCCCACAUACACAGAGCGUCCCACUGUGUUGCCCAUCAGCUCCCUGCAGGACUUGUCCACAGGGCCAUGCAGGACCACAGGGGGGCGGGGGGGUGACUCGCCACUCUCAAUGUUGUCGGUGAACCACGAGGAGCUGGAGCGCUCGCCCAGCGGGUUCAGCAUCUCUGGGGAACGCGAGGGGGAGCAAGGGGUGGACUUAUCAAUGGGAGCUGUGAUGGCAACAGGGGAGACCAGCUGGACAAGACCCAGGCCAAGCUACCUGGCAGAGGGUGAAACCGACACAGACACAGACCCCUUCACGCCUAGCGGGGGGCCUCUGCCUCUAUCUUCCACUGGGGAAGGAUUCGGUGAUGCUGUGUGGAACACGCCGCCAUGAGAGGCAUCUGCCAAGCAGAAAUCCAAAACUCUGAGGUAACUUAAAUCCAGCCCAUGCCUCUAAGCCCAAAACACCAGGUCAAAGCCACAAUUUAAGGCCAAACCUUUGGGACGAAGGCAGGUCUUACCUGCCUCGAUGCUGCAAGGCCUCAAGAGAGGUCGCUGACCAUCAGAUGCCGCCACAGAUAUCAUCUGACGGAGAGCCAUGGCACCGAGUCUGCCCAGAACAAAAAAGAAAGGGAACCUGGACCGUCUGUAAAGUAGAACUUUGUACAGCGCACUCUUUAGCUGAAAUUAAAAAAGAACAUUAAUAUACAUAUUAUAUACACCCAAAAGCUUUAUUGCUGCAAAGCCAACCGCACUGCAUGUAACGCAUGCGAUUUUUAGUGUAGACACUGCAAAGUUCAGGAUAUCAGGAAACAGAAAAAGAGAUUGAAUGGAUACAUAUACUUGCUAUGCCAUUUUGUAUCACUUAUUUUUUAUAUGAAUACAUUUCAUUGUUUUUGCAUGGUUUGCAUGAUGAUGCACCAUUUUCGGGGUAAAGAUUAGAGGGCGAUACUGGAACCAAAAGUCUCCUGUCUCUUUGUUUCAUGUGUUGUCCACCGACUCUGUGUAUGUGUGUGAAUGAAACUGUGUGAGAGCUUGUAUAAAAGAGAGACUUGGAUAACAAAAGACUGGUUAGUUGCUGACUUUUGUGUUUUUUCACCAUUUCUGCUUUUUUUAUGCAGUCAAGACGAUCAUCUCUGCCCAGAAACCAGUCAUUUUGUUUUCACAUCACUGUGCUCUUUAUGCAUACAGACCUGUCACCUGUUUAAAAAAAAUUAAAAAAAAAGGAAAAAAAAUUGAAACACUAAAUCUCUGCUGCUUUGUUGGCACAUGAAUUCAGGGAUAUAAACCACCUGCACAUCUUUCAUUUUUGAAAGGUUUCUAAGCAGUUGAGUAGGAUUCUCACACUAUUUUCAUGUAACUAAAUAGUGGCUUACUGAAACACUAACUAGACCUACAUGAAGGACAGCAUUUAUAGGUCAUAUUUAUACCUGAUAGUCAUCUAGACUGUUUGGGGCUGCAACAGUUUGCUUUCACACUGCACUUAGUCAAACAAAUCCGGUCUAUUGAAUAGCGUGUUCUCCUCCUCACCUGAGGUGGCGCUGUAUCGAGAAUUACUAAAGGAGAAAAAAAGACAAACUUGCUUAUCUAUUGGUUAAUUUUAGACAACUUCUGUUUCCACCACACAAGUUGUAGUCCGCACGCCAUGAUCUGCGUUUUCAGGCCAGAGUUCGCUUUUUUGAUCUGCAUCAGAGUACGGUUGCACGUUCGCACCUCUCCAAUCGAACCAGACUUUCCAAGCAAACAAACUAGGGUUCGAUUCAAAGGGGCUGGUCUAUCCUGAAUGAAACAAUGUGACUCUGUCCCAGUACCCACACUUGCAGAUUUAAAAGAGGGAAAAGCACGUGACAUUUUGGAAAAGUGGCUACAUGCUGGCGUGAUGGAUGUGGCAAUACAUCAAUCUUUAUCAAUACAUUAAUUCUGUGAUCAACAAUCCAAAUAACAAGUAUAGUCUAUGUUUGUCCCAAGAACAGAUUUUUUAAUCAAAUGUCUGA